UGGCUUUUCGAGGUGUGGCGUCAAAGUUACAAACUCGGGUCGCUUUCUAUUGCGACAUUGUGAUUCACAAGCUCUCUUCUUUUGAACCAUUAUGGUUUCUAUGCUUCAAAGCCAGCUUGCACAGUUCGCUGGUUCAUCACGAUAUGGCAUCAAGGUUUUCGGCUGCGCGACCUAGUCGAGAGGGCGAGGUCUACGCCCGUGCACAGCACAACGAUUCGAAUAACGACUCGACGAAUCUACAAUUCGACGUGCGCAACCCGUCCAACCUAGCGCCGGAAGCUCGCGAGGAUGACGCGAUCCUGGAGGCCGACGUGAUUGGCGGCGGCAGAGCGACAAAGCGCGGUGCGGUGAACGUGGAUGGCUACGACAGCGACUCGGACAAUGACACCUUCAACGAUAAGGCGCAAAAGAGGAAAAAAGGCGACGUCAAUAUCGGCAAUGCCUUUGGGAACUACGAUGCGUCUGGCACAGGGCCAGAAGGACAAAGGGACACGGCAGCCAACGAGGACGACGACGACAUGUUCGCACCAGACGAUGACGCAGCUGCUGGUGCCGAUACGGACGAUGUUGGUCCAGCAGACGUUGAUGCCGCUGGCAUCAAGCCAAAGCACGUCAAGUUUCUCGACGCCGACAAGAUCGAGGGUCAAGUGAGCUCGGCACACCUCGAUCAUCAAGAUAGCAGCGACGACGAGGAAGAUGUUGCGCUCGCCGUCCAGGAGGAGGGUAUUGACGAGGAAGUUGGCGCGGGAGGAUUGAAACGCAACGCGCCGAAGCUCGAAGGCUUCAAUCUACAGAAUGAAAUGGAGGAGGGUAAAUUUGAUGAGCAGGGAAACUACGUUCGCAGAGCCGGUGAUCCCGAUGCCGUUCAUGACAACUGGCUGGAGGGAACAAGCAAGAAGGCCAUCCGCAAAGCUGCCGAAGCCCACCAGAAACGGGAGGCCGAGGCACGACAGCAAAGGCUGGACGAGGACAAUGUCUCCGUGUCGGAUCUGCUGAGAAGCCUGAUAUUGCAGCUCGACAAGGCAGAGACUCCAUUGGAGGCUCUUGCACGCCUAGGGAAGAGUCAAAAGCCGAAGAAGAAGAUACCCAGCUGGAAACUCAAGAAGAUGAAGAAAGACACCAUGGAUGUCGAUCAGGAGGCCGAGAACCCUGAGCAGGCCAAGAUCAAGGAGUCGAUACGUAUCAUCACAGACGCGUCAGACAAGCUCUUAAGUCGCGACCACGAGGAAAUCUACGACCAAGAGCGUGAGAUUCUUGUGCGAGAAUGGAGUCGGGAAACUGGAGAAGACUGGGUCGAGCCUCGAGCGGCGGAUACUGCUGAGACUGCUGCCGACCCAAACCGAAAGUGGUUGUUCAGAUGGGUUGACGGGCGCGAUGACGGGGCGACACAGGGCCCCUUUGACGGCAGUGCCAUGAAGGCUUGGCAAGAUGCUGGAUAUUUUGGCGAGGGCGUCGAAUUUCGCGCCGAUGAAGAGGGGGCAUCAUGGACUCGUGUUUCUCCCUUUGCCGCAUGAUAGAGCUGCAGUGGGGUCUAGGUUGAAGAUGAGGUCUAUGGGUUCUGGAAGACCCUACUCAGGGUGAGCGGGAGCAAUCAGCAACACACUCAGCCUUCGCGGCAACAGAAAGGAGGUCGUGGCGCCCUUCUGGCUGGAUUUUCGAGCCAUACUCUCGAAACACGUACCGAGGUACAUCUUGCCCAUUAAUCGAGUCUCCUGGGGUUCAGAACAACGUCGGCCCUUCUGAGCACUUGGAAAGCAUUGGAAGCCAGAAACAGACCCAGGCCCGCCGUCGUCACUACUGUAUCCCUGUCAUUACUACAUUAUCCAGUAGACCAACAACUUCUGCUGGAUGAGACAUCGCCCUUGAUAAACCCACCAAUAGCAAAGGUAGUCGGAACAGAAGAACCAGACUUCGUACACACUCUAGCGACCGGGGUCCUGCGAGCGGUUCACACAGUACCUAGUUGAA